UAAGUCAAAGAAAACAAAAACAAAUGGAGCCAUUGAUUCCACGGGGCUUCCUCUUAGCUUGUGAAUGGUGUUUUAAUUAAAAAGCUUCUGACUUUGUCUCACCCAUUUACCAAGUCUUCCUUUUUGUCCCUACCGUAGUUGCAAUUCUUGAUCUUCUUCUCUCAGGUUCUGAAUUCUCAUUUUUGGUCUCUUCUGCUGAUUCUUGAUUUUAAUACAGUUGUUUCCUCUAAAGAUUUGAGCUUUUACCACCUGCGAGAUCAUUUUUUUAUUGGAGAAGACGAAAUGGGAGGUGUUUGUUCUUGUGUAUUCAAAGCUGAUGAUGAUAAGAAUAAGUUGAGAUCAAAGGAUGAUGAUGAUGAUAUGUCAAGAGGGUUAUCUGGGAAACUUAAGUCCAUGAGGAGAAGAAGAACAUCUGAUUCUUAUUAUACAGAUAGUUAUGGAAGCUCGAGGCGGAAAAGUUCAAAGCCUGAUGAGGUUGUCUACAACUUUUCUGGUGAACUUGGACCCAUGCCUCCAUUAAGGAACGAUUCUACCAAGUUUAUGCAGAGGAACUCGUUUAUGGGACGCGCUGGGGUUAUGGGGUUAGAAAAAGCGGUUGAAGUUCUAGACACGUUGGGAAGCAGCAUGUCUCGUAACCCGGGAAACGGGUUGCGCUCUGGUGUUACAUCGUUCCGUGGUAGCAAAGUCACUAUGCUGGCUUUUGAAGUAGCCAACACGAUAGCCAAAGGUGCUGCUUUGCUGCAAUCUCUGUCUGACGAGGAUCUCAAGUUCAUGAAGAAAGAUAUGUUGCGUUCCAAGGGACUUAAGAAGUUGGUUUCUACUGAUACCGCAGAAUUGCAAAUUCUUGCUGCUUCUGACAAAAGGGAGGAACUUGAUCUUUUCUCUGGAGAGGUGAUCAGGUUUGGCAAUAUGUGCAAAGAUUUACAGUGGCACAAUCUAGAUCGAUAUUUUAUGAAGCUUGACACAGAGAACUCACAGCAUAAACUGCCCAAAGAUGAGGCAGAGGCAAAGAUGCAAGAGCUCGUCACUCUUGCUCGAUUUACUUCUGAAUUAUAUCACGAGUUGCAAGCUUUGGAUAGGUUUGAACAAGAUUACAGAAGAAAGCUUGCAGAAGUAGAGUCUUUAAACCUUCCUCGGAAAGGAGAGAGUGUCGUCAUCUUACAAAAUGAACUAAAACAACAGAAGAAACUCGUGAAGAGCUUGCAGAAGAAAUCACUCUGGUCCCAGAAUCUGGAAGAGAUAAUUGAGAAGCUUGUGGAUGUAGUUAGCUAUAUACGUCAAAGGAUUGUGGAAAUUUUUGGAAACAAUGGUCUAAAAGACAAUGGAAGGAAGCAGGAAAGCAUACGAUUAGGUGAAGCUGGUCUUUCGUUACACUAUGCUAAUCUAAUCCAACAAAUCGAUAAUAUUGCGUCUCGACCAUUGUCACUUCCUUCUAAUGUAAGGGACACGCUGUACAAUGCAUUACCUGCUACCGUCAAGACAGCUCUUCGUCCUCGGCUACAAACUCUUGAUCCUGAGGAAGAGCUUUCAAUAUCUGAGAUCAAAGCUGAAAUGGAGAAGUCGCUUCAAUGGCUUGUCCCGUUCGCCGCAAACACCACCAAAGCACAUCAAGGUUUCGGAUGGGUAGGUGAAUGGGCAAAUUCAAGGAUAGAGUUUGGGAAAGGAAAAGGAAAAAGCGAGAACAACGGGAAUCCAACACGGCUUCAGACGCUUCAUCACGCUGAUAAACCAAAAGUUGAUUCAUACGUACUCGAACUCGUUGUAUGGCUUCACCGACUAAUGAAGUCAUCAAAGAAACGAGUUCACGGCGCUAAGCUUCCAGAAACCAACCAUGUCUCUUCACCCAACAACCUAACCAUCUCCAAUACGCAACUAUCCCUCUCCCCUGACUUCACUUAUAAAAACCAACUCUCUCUAGAAGACAGGUUGUUGUUAGACAAAGUCCAAAACAUAAGAUUUGGUCCUAAUCUAAGUAAGAGUCAAGAAUUAGUCGGCUUGAAAAAGAGCAAGAAAGGAAUCAAGAUUUGGGCACUGAGCAGAAGUACAGGAAACUCUCCAAAAGUGGAUCUUUCAGAUAAGAACUCUUCUACUGAUUUGGAUGUCCUUGAUGGUUUGGAUUUCGCUUUCCAAUAGGCAAGUACCGUUUGAAAACCGGUUUUUGAUACAUUCUUCUGUAUUUAUAGAUAAGUUCUAUAAUUCUUGUAUAUAAUAAACACAGUGAUGUAGUAGAUUAUAUACAAAACAAAGACACUAUAUGGUUGGUUUAGUUGGAAUUGUGUUUCAGGUCAA